GUUGAUGCAGUCCUCACAGAAAAAGUUUCGAACUUUUGAUUUACCCUUUUCAAUUCCAGUGAUCUUAACGCAAAAUCUUGAUCGGAUUCUCUUACUCUUCACUACUGUUUGAUUAUUUCUCUGUUUUGGAAAUCAAAGUUCCGAGCUUUCUUUGGAUUGGUUUUAGGAGAAGGGAAUGUCUCAGAAUCUGAUCAAACCGGCUACCAUUUUCACUGCAAAGCCACCGCCAAUUUGCUACUUCCUCUUCUUCAUAAUCCUUUGCAUUCUGGGGUUUUAUGCUCUGCAUUUCCCACCUCGGAUACCCCAAAAUGCAGCGCUUUACCGUCAGAUGUUCCUGUCCUCCGGCGACAACUACACCCUUUAUUCCUACCUCCGGGCACUCACGCAACACCCUCACCUGGCUGGAACAAAGCCCUCCCUUGACACUGCUAAUUAUGUGAAAACUCAUUUCCAAACCUUAGGGCUCGAGACCCAUGUGGUGCCUUUCAAAGCCCUCUUGUCCUACCCCCUCCACGCAUCGGUGGCGUUGCAUUUCCGUAACGGCACGGAGCUAAAACUGCCAUUAAACGAAGUGGGUAUUUCUGGUUAUGCCGUUUCGGGUUUGGUACAACCUUACCAUGCGUAUUCUCCGUCAGGUUCGGCGCAUGCCAAGGUAGUGUUUGUUAACUACGGGCGUGAGGAGGACUAUCGUGCGCUGGCAGUGAGGGGAGUGGACGUCAAUGGGUGUAUAGUGAUAGCUAGAAAGGGUGAUGAUUUGGGGAGGGGUGCUGUUGUGGAAAUAGCAGAGGCUAAAGGUGCACUAGCGGUGCUGAUAUACGCCGAAGGGGACAGGAGCAGAGGGGGUUUUGGUACAGGGGUGGAGAGAGGGACAGUCAUGAGGGGUGUCGGGGACCCGCAGAGUCCAGGGUGGCCCGGGAUUGAAGAUGGGGAGAAGUUGGGGUUGCAAGAGAGUGAGGUUUUGAGUAGGUUUCCAAGAAUUCCGUCUUUGCCCUUGCCUUUUGAGACUGCACAGAUCAUUUUGGAGUCUCUUGGUGGGGGUUUGAUGCCGCAAGAAUGGAGGGAUUCGGGCCAGUCUAGGUUCUCUGGGGUUGGCCCUGGACCGGUCAUGUUGAACUUCACCUACCAGGGGGAAAAAAAAUUGGCAACAAUUUACAAUGUUUUUGCUGUCAUAAGGGGCUCAGAAGAGCCAGACCGCUAUGUGCUCCUUGGGAAUCAUAGGGAUGCAUGGACAUAUGGAGCUGUUGACCCCAACAGUGGGACUUCGGCUCUACUUGAUAUUGCCCGACGGUAUGCCCUUUUGAUGCGCAAGGGUUGGAAUCCUCGAAGGACAAUUGUUCUCUGCAGUUGGGAUGCAGAAGAGUUUGGAAUGAUAGGGUCAACAGAAUGGGUUGAACAAAAUCUCAUUAAUCUUGGUGCCAAAGCUGUGGCUUACCUUAAUGUAGAUUGUGCAGUUCAAGGGCCUGGAUUCUUUGUGGGGGCAACUCCUCAGCUAGAUAAUCUUAUUUUUGAGGUCACAAAAAAGAUCAAGGAUCCUGACUCAGAGGGUGCAACUGUAUAUGAGAAAUGGACAACCAUUAAUGGAGUAAAAAAUAUUCAAAGACUAAAUAGUGUUGAUUCCGAUUUUGUGCCCUUCUUGCAACAUGCAGGGGUUCCUUCUGUUGACAUUUACUAUGGAAGUGAUUUUCCUGUCUAUCAUACAGCUUUUGACUCCUUUGACUGGAUGAUAAACAAUGCGGAUCCAUUCUUUCACCGCCAUUUGGCUGUGACUGGAAUUUGGGGACUUUUAGCCCUUCACCUGGCUGAUGAUUCAAUUCUACCUUUCAACUACCAUAGUUACGCAGAUCAGUUAAAGGAGUAUAAAGAUGUCUUGAGCAGUUUCGUGGAUAAUAGCAUAUCUAUUGCUCUGUUAACUGCAUCAAUUGAAGAGCUCUAUUCUGCAGCUAAACAAGCUGAGGAUGAAGCAAAGAGACUAAUGGAGCAAGAAGCUGCAGCAACAUCCAUAAUUCUGAAAAUGCGAGCAUUGAACGAUAGGCUGUUGCUUGCAGAAAAAGGUUUCUUGGAUCCCGAGGGACUUAAAGGAAGGCAAUGGUUCAAACACCUUGUAUAUGGACCUUGUAACAAUCACGAAAGCAAAUUGGUUUUCUUCCCUGGAAUAGCAGAUUCUAUCCAAGAAUCGACGAGAAUGAGUACGGGAGAUGAACAGAAGGCAAUUCAGCACGAGAUCUGGAAAGUUGCUCGCGCAAUUCAGAGAGCUGCCGGUGCUCUUAGAGGGGAACUCAGCUGAUUUAGUCAUGGUUCAUAACUAAAAAACACAGGCUUAAACUUGUUUGUAUAUAUUUGAGUUUCGUUGUUCUGGCAUAUAUUAAUAUAUAUCUUGUAAAUUU